AUGCCUUCCAUAGUAUCGGUCACGAUCCAAUCGGCCAUUCUCAAGGCCACAGCAAACCUCACGGCCCAGACGCUCACGUUGCGCAACAUUCAGUCACCUGCACCAAUUGAUUGGACUCGCGUUAUUGAGUUUGCUGUGUUUGGCAUUGUAUCAGCCCCACUAGCAUCAGUAUGGCAGCAAUUUCUUGAAGAGAGUUUCCCCAGCCAACAGAAACUCAGUCCACGGAAUUCAAGUUCUGACCCUGUCGAGGUCAAGGAAGAGGGAAAGAAAAGUCGAAUGCGUGGUGGACUCGACUGGCGGAGUAUCGUCAUCAAGUUGAUCCUGGACCAAACAAUCGGCCAGUUCCUAAUCAACAUUACAUUUCUGAUCUGCACCAACGGCACCCGGCUCGGGAACUGGUCGUCGCUCAUUGGAGAGAUUCAAUCGCGCAUCCUCGCCAUCGUCUGGGCCAGUUGGAAGGUGUGGCCGUGGGUGGCUGUGGUCAACUUCAUCUGGGUGCCGGUUGAAUGGAGGGUGCUCGUGGCGUCGUUGGUUGGCUUUGGCUGGAACAUCUUUUUGAGCAUUUGGUCGAUGGGGGAAAGCCAUAAGUGA